AUGUUAGUGUCUACAAAUAAUACACCAAAAAAUAAAAAUAUCGCAAGUAACGAGGAGUAAAGAACAAUUGAAAAACUCAGAUUUCUCUUAAAAAACUCAAUUCAGCUCAAUGAUGAAUUGGAAAAGAAAAAUGCUUUACUCCUAUAUAGAAUAGAAUAAUAAUAAAAUACAUCUUAAUAAUCAUUCUCACAAGAUGAUUAUAAACAUUAAAUUGUUAAACUUCAAAAGCAACUUUCAGAAGCAUAGUCAGAAAAUCACCAUCUAUAAUAAAGCUUAAAAUGUCUCAAAUAAUUAGGAAAUCAUAAUAAUAAGUCAAAUUUUGAGUUGACUCUCUAAGAUUGUGCAGUAUCAUAGAUAGAAAAACAAUUUCUAGAGUACUUUGAAAAAUCAUCAUCUGUAGUCUAAGAAUAAAUGAUUUUAGAAUUCCAAAAUUUAUUAGAGAAAUUAUAAACUAAAUACUAAAUAGUGGAAAUACACAAAAUUACGAGCUUCACAAAUCUAGAUAAAACCAAAUGUAUUGAAUCACAAUAGAAAGAGAUUGACCUUCUAGAGUCGAAAUUAAAUAAUACAGAAAAAGAACUUUGCGAUCUUAAACGUGGUUUUGAAUCAUUUUAGUAAUUAUAGUCAAUGAAAUCAAGCUAGUAAGAUUAGGUUCAUGAUUUUUUCAAUUCAAACUAAUUUGAGGUCUUCACUUCGAGACUAAAUCAUAGUCAAAGGAUAGAAGAUUGCCUGAGUAAUGAUAAAAGAUGGAUAGAAAUCGAUAAUUAAUAACUUAAAACUGAUGAGAGAAAGCUAAUCCAAUAUGAAAAGAUCAUAUAGAAUCAACAAUUAGAGAUAGAUAAUCUUUAAAACAAAUUUUAGAAAAAAAACCAAUUGAAAUUAUAAAACUAAGAACUUUCAUCUGUCUUAUAUUAAUAAGCAGAAACCUGUCAAAGAAUAAUAUCCAACUUGCAAGCAAAAAUAGAAAAGCAAGUUGUUUAGAUACAAUAUUACUCUUCUAUACAAUAGAUGAGAUCUAAAUAAAAUUAUCAACCCUGUUAGCAUAUUGUAUAGAGCAGUUAAUUUAUUGAUACAAGGAAAAAAUUCACUUACCAUUCACCAAAUACUAACAAUUCUCCAGUUUCAAUUACUAAAUCAUAAAAUAAUAAUAGAUCUCUUAGAAGACAAGACUCCUCUAAUGAUUAGACAACAUGGGUCAUCAAGACAACUGAUGCAUCAUUAGUAAAGAAAUUAGAUAAAAAGGAUUCCUAAUCAGAGAGUACAACUGAUUAGGUUACAAAGCCCACUAAAUUGUCAUCGCAAUUAUAAGAGGUAAAGAAAUCUCUUGAUUUGAUGUCAAAUGGAAUAUGCACAUAAAAAUUACUAAAAGGAUAUUAUUUUGUAUAGAAUAAGCCAAUUUUAACCCUAGAUGAUUUUUGA